UCCUGCGGCCGCCCGUGCGCUGAGCCCGCCAUGGCGGUGAUGGGGGUGCAGGUGGUGGUGACCCUGCUGGCCGCCAGCCUCAUGCAGAAGAUGGCCCCUCACUGCUCCUUCGCCCGCUGGCUGCUCUGCAACGGCAGCCUGUACCGGUACAAACACCCCUCGGACGAGGAGCUCUGCGCCCUGGCUGGGAAGCAGCGCCCCAAGGCCAAGAGGGACAGGAGGGUGAACGGGGUGCUGGAGGACAAGCCCCUCUCCGUGCCCCGGGACAUCGCCCUGCGCCUGGACACCAGCCCCAUCACCGCCGUGGAUGCCCUGGUGCUGCGGUACUUCCUGGAGUACCAGUGGUUCGUGGACUUCGCCGUGUACUCCACCGCCGUGUACGUCUUCACCGAGGGCUACUACAGCCUGGCCAGCCCCCCCCGGGAGACCAACCUGGGGGUGCUCUGGUGCCUGCUCACCGUCCUCUUCUCCGUGAAGGUGUUUUUCAUGGUGAUGCGCCACUAUUUCCGCUCGGAGGAGGGGGGGGAGCGCUCCGUGUGCCUCACCUUCGCCUUCUUCUUCCUCCUCCUGGCCAUGGUGGCCCUGGUGGUCCGGGAGGAGCACCUGGAGUUCGGCCUCGAGACCGGGCUGGCCGGGGUCAGCACUAACCUGGAGCCCCUCCUGAAGCAGCGGGGCUGGGAGUGGACGCUGCCCCUGGCCAAGCUGGGCUUCAAGCUGGGGCUGGUGGCCCUUUGCUCCUUCCUGGGCGCCUGCCUGACCUUCCCGGGGCUGCGCCUGGCCCAGACCCACCUGGAUGCCCUCAGGAUGGCGGCCGACCAGCCCCUGGCACAGCUCCUGCUCCACCUGAUUUUCCUGGCGCCCGUCCUGGUGGUGGUGAUGUGGGUCAAGCCCCUCUCCCGGGAUUUCCUGCUCCACGCGCCCAUGGGCAAGGAGACGGUGCAGCUCAUGUCGGACUCUGCCUUCGAGAGCGCGCGGCUCUGGAGCAUCGUGGGGCUGUGCCUGCUGCGCCUGCUCGGCGCCCGCCGCCACCUCCAGGCCUACCUGGGGCUGGCCGAGCGCUGGGUGGAGCAGAUGAGGAAGGAGGCCGGGCGGAUCCCGGCCCUGGAGAUCCAGCAGAAGAUCACCAGGAUCUACUGCUACGUCCCCGUGGUCACCCUGCAGUACCUGGGGCCCGUCAUCCUCACCCUGCACUGCACUCUGCUGCUCAAGACGCUGGGGCACCUCUCCUGGGGGCUGUACCCGGAGCCCCCCCCGGUGUCCCCGGCGGUGGCGGCGCCGGGCCCGGCGGGCGAGGAGGGCGAGGACGUGCAGGUGGUGGUGCAGCAGAUCACGGGCAUCCUGGACUGCAUCUUCACCCCCCCCUUGCUCCGGGGGCUCUUCUCCUUCCUCACCUGGUGGGUGGCCGCCUGCCAGGUCGUCACCAGCCUCUUCGGCCUCUACUUCCACCAGUACCUGGCGGGGUCCUGACUGGGGGGAGCUGGGACGUGCCCGUGCCCGGCUGCUGCUCCUGCCUUGGCCGGUUCCUCCCCCCUUUGCACGUGCUGGUGGCACCCGUGGACACGUGGGGGGAUGUUUCUGCUGCCGGCUCAGGGCAGGACGGGUUUCGUGCCCGGGUCAGGGUGGGCAUCGCCCGCCCUGUCGCCCGUCACCGCCGUGCCUGCUCCCACCCCCUGCAGCCCCUCUGCCCCCUCCUGACCCAGCGUGGGGACACUCCACUGCUGUGCCCUCCUCGAGGGCAGCAGCAGCUCCUGCCAGCCCAGCUUGGUACCUGCUGGGCAGAGGAGGUGGUGGGGACCUCCAGCACAGACUUCGGGGUGUGCUCUGCCUCAUGUUUGCCUCCGCCAGCUGAGGGUGUUUUUGUAGGGUCUCUGCCAUGGCCAGCUGGGUCAGAGCUCCUUGGCAUCAUCCCUGUGCUUCCUGUGAGCCCUCAGGCCCAGCAGCCUCGGCCUUGGCCGGGUUAGGAAUAAAUCAGUGACCCAGAGUCGCUGCCAUCCCAAAA